CAUUCUUUGACUUUCACUCAUUCAUAAACGCAACCAUGAAGUUUACUAUCAUCGCUGCUCUUGCAGCCUAUGCAGUCCUAUCAGGAGUCCACGCCGCUGACUCUGCAUCUACAACAAUUACCUGCAGCUCAUGUCCCUCGGCCGUAACGACCCCUGAUAUCGUCACCCGUUCGGCUCUCCCCACUACUUCGUGCACUGAGAAGCCUUUGACGGUUGUAUCAAACACCAAGGGAGGCAGUGGAGCUGCUGCGCCUACUGGUUCGGGUGCCGCUUCUACUCCUACGGCUCAGGUCCCUGUGUCUGGAGCUAGUAUCAAUAAGAAGGGAAGCAUUGGUGGAAUGGCUGCGGCGGCUGCUAUGGUGGCUGUCUAUAUGCUCUAG